UUGGCUAUAACUAAAAUUUUGCAGACGGAGAGACGUGAACCGGAUAUCAGAGAACACAAUGAAUGGCUGACUAUACUUGUGAUAGUUCCACACGUCUGCAUCAAUUUAGUGCUACCAUGCAGGAAGGAAUAGUGCUACCACGUCGACCUGAAACGAAGAUUCCAGAAGGAGAAUCGAUAACAAUGGCUAACCUAGACAUCGAACUUUCUAGCGAGAACGAAGCGGACGACCGCGAUCAGCCAUCCGGUCGCAGAGAGCGUCUCCCCGCCCAAGCCCGGCCGUGGUCGCGCCGGUGGGGGCGGGUCGUGGUCGUCGCCUCCUUCAUGGCAUUUCUCUUCGAGAUGGGUUCGAUCCAGACCCACGGGAUCUACAUGCCCAUUCUCCUUGAGGAGUUUGAGGUAGGGUCCGCUGAGCUAGGAUGGGUGACGAGUUCUGCUUUGGCAGUCUUGUGUUUGGCCGGUCCAUUCAGUAGUUUCUUCGUGAAGAAGCUUGAAUGUCGGAGAGCCAUCAUGCUGGGAGGAGUCAUGAUGGCGAUCGGGACCGGUAUAGCAUCCUUCACCAACAACUCAGUCUACCUUUUCCUGUGUCUUGGACUUGUGGGUCUGGGUGGUACAUUAAUUCAAGUAGGGUUGGUCUUUAUGGUGGGUCAGUAUUACAACACACACCAUGCCAUUGCUAACGGUAUUGCCUUCAGUGGGAUAGGAGCUGGCGUCUUUGCCUUCUCGCCACUUGUGCAAUACCUUAUCAACACCUAUGGCUGGCGAGGAAGUUUCGUCAUAGAGAGCGCUAUUGUGAUGAACGUGGUCGUCAUGGGGGCUUUGAUGCGUCCAGCAUCAAGAUACAAAACUCGACGUUCAGGAUCGGUACCGAAAAGGAAGGUUGAAACUAAUGAACAGGAAAGGAAUUGCAGUCAUACCGGUGACAACGACUGGUGCAAUGAACAAGAGGAAUCAAGUGAUUCUGGUGAAAUUGAAAUCAAUACAUCGCUCUGCCGUAGGUGCCGUAGGUUUGGACUCUGCGAACUGCUUGGGAACACACCCUGGCUACUUCUGCUGUACCUAUCCUGCUUCUUACUGGAAGUCGGAUGCUCGUCGGUCAUUUUCCACAUCACCAACUUCGGCCAGGCGUCGGGUCUGGAUCCCACGCAGGCUUCGAGUCUGCUGUCUUUCUUCGGUAUCGGGGGCGUGAUAGGGCGAGUCACGUACGGCCUGGUCCUUAAGAUCAGAUGCAUCAGGCCUUACUGGAUGUUCGAAGCCUGCCUUCUCCUUUCAGCUCUCUCGGUCACUUUCAUUACUGUGGUGGAUUCUUACGUCGAAAAGGUCAUCUUCAUCACCUCUUUUGGGGUAACGAGCGGUGCCCUGUUUCCUCUUGUGCCUGUGAUACUCCGUCAGUCUGUUGAUAUUGACCAACUUCCUCUUGCCUUCGGGCUGUCCCUGUUCUGCAACGGUGUUGGUACCAUCGCAGGAGGCUAUCUAAUCGGUUUUGUACGAGACGUAACGGGUGAUUAUACCACUGCCUUUUAUCUGAUCGGGAUAUUCUUCAUCGUGUCGGCUGCCGUCUCUCUACCGCAACCUGUGGUGUCAUGGUACCGAAGAAGACGGGUGUGUCGCUCAGUUCAGAGUGCCGAGUAACUGAAUCGACUCUCUGAAAUGGCAUCACAGAAAGAAAACACGACUGGGCUUUUCUAUGUCGAGCGGGGCGCGAAUCUUUUUCCCCUAACAACAUCCGUUUCCCAUCUUCUGAUUGGUCAAUUAUGUGCAAUCUAAUGCCUUGUUCUCCACAACACAAAACAAAGAAAGGCUUUGCGUCUUGUGAGAAAUGUUUCUUCCUCACUUUAGUGUCUUCUGGUGAGUCAACUGCAGUAUUUCCAUGGCAUUUCACUGAUUACGGAUUGCCAUGGCAUUUCACUGAUCAUGCAGGUACACACACAAGAGUAUAAUGAAUGUGCUCCGUCAAGAUGAAAUACUCAUGUUAAGAAAUUAAAGAGUAUCUGCUUGCACACUUUUCUCUUUUUUUUGGGGGGGGGGGGGACACCCUAGGCCAAUAUAGAGUGAAAUCACUCCAAUUUUACAUUGAAUUUUGAAAUAGUUUGAAAAAGAAUCAAUAGGCCUACAGUGGAAACUCGAGUAAUCUCAUCUGGAACGUCUGAUCCCUAUAGUUAUAUACACCCCAAGCAGGUAUAGCCCAAGUCGGUGGGAGUUAAUUAUCAUUCCUUUGGAAACAAUUGAAAAUUCAUGGUGCAAUUAUUAUAUUUGUAUAUAUUUUUUCUCUGUAAAUCAUAUUCUGGGAGUUAACUAUCAUUGCUUUGGAAACAAUUGAAAAUUCAUGGUGCAAUUAUUAUAUUUGUAUAUAUUUUUUCUCUGUAAAUCAUAUUCUGGGAGUUAACUGUCAUUCCUUUGGAAACAAUUGAAAAUUCAUGGUGCAAUUAUUAUAUUUGUGUAUAUUUUUUUCUCUGUAAAUCAUAUUCUGGGUACUUUGUGAUGAGUUGGUUAAAAUUCAAGGGUGUUUGAUAGGCUAGUUGGAAUGGCAAACAUUUUAGUAAGAAGUGCCUUUAUUUAAUCUUAAUUUGCGGUUAUUUGGAGACACAAAAAAAUAUACUCCUUGGCUCUCGAAAGCUG